UCUUUGAGCCUAGUGUCUGUUCUCCUGUCGAUUUGCGGUUCCAGGUCUGUCAUAAGUCUCCAACAGUACAUAGUAUGUCUAUGUGGAGUAGACAGAAACAGGUAGCAGUUAUGACGGUGUCAAUUACGAAGCAGCUCCUUCCGUGAGACCGAUGAGGAUUGCCUCCGAAUGAACUAGAUACUUGGUAGAAUCCAAGAUUGAGAAGAUUCUAAGAUCCUCCAUCCUUGACUCGAUCGUCGCCCCUGACUUGAUCUUGACGCUAGACUCGAGCAAGGCUAGUCGGAUCUACAAAUGCCAAGCCAUACACUUUGCAUCCUGCUCCUCCUCCAAGACAUCACUAUUGAAAAGACUCUUCUCCUACUCAAGUCAUGGGGUGGAUUAUUGUCUGCCAUGAAAAUAGUGCUAUGACAGUAGAUCCAUCAGCAAGUCCUCAGCCUCAGAAAGGGUAGGUACAGGGAGAAUAUCCUGCAGCCUGCCAUGGAGAUUAAUGAUGGCUUGGAAUGUCCUAAGAGAUGGCAGUUUCUGCGACAAGAAUGAUGCAAUUGUACAUGGACUUCGGUACAUGCGGGGUUUUUUAUUUUUUGUUCUUUUUGCUUUGUCCGCCUUUCUUUACGCCUCGACAGCAACCAUCCAUGGUCCAAUAACAAUAGGCCAUGUUACAUCUAUCUUAGACUACGUAGAAUCUGUUGUAGAUGGUGAGAAACGAUAGUCUGGGAUUCCCCAUGCAGAUUCACCAAAUAAAGAUGCCACGAGACUACCUUAAUUAGGAUUUCGCCGCAUGAUCCGUCCCCCAGGAACUGCGACGCAAUAGCCAACGGAGAGGAUCUGAAGCAUCGGCGGAGACGGUGAGGAGUGGGAAUUGGAAACAUCGUCAUUCCUAC